UGUUUACUCCGUAUUGGAUGUAUAAAUAUUGAAUCUUUGGUCGAUUCCCUUUGCUAUUCCUUUACCAUCCCGCCCAUAUCAGCGAAACUGUUGGAAUGGACACCCCACCAUUCGGAUCACCUUGGACAAGCUCCAACAGAGGUGUUUUCAUCUUUGACCCUCCAACACCCUCGCGGUCAUCAGAACAUCGCCCAAAGUCCACCCUAUCGGGCCUCUUUCACCAGAACUCUUCGGAUCGGGAAGCCACACGGCCUUCCUCGAGGCGCUCUAAUGAAUCAUCAAACGUUAGCCUUAGUCCCGCUCGCCAAAACGAUGCGAGUCAGAUCACUACACUGGCACAGAGCAUGUUUAGGUUAGACCCUAGGUCGCAAACCUCAGGGACAAGUUCUCAAAAUGCCACAUCGUGGGAGCCAUCCCGGUUCGAACAUACUGACUUCACAUUUGCCUUGUCCCCUCGUAAUGUUCCCCUUCCACCGAGUGUGUCUAGCAGGACACCGUCUGAACUAUCCACAUCAACAGCGGCCCCUCGUAAUGUCACUCUUCCGGUGAGUGUGUCUAGCAGGACACCAUCGGAACUAUCCAGGUCAGCAGCGGCCCCAUUUAGAGCGUUAAAUGAAAUUCAUCCCAAUUCAAUGAGACAAUCAUCUUCAUCGGCUUCGGCACGAACCAGCAGCCCGACGUCCGUCUCUGGCGGCAUCACAAUUUCUGAAUUAUUCAAUCCUGCAUCUCGCAAUGCGGCAUCUGAUUCCGCGCCCUCUAUCCGAAGUUCUAUUGGCCACAUAUCCGUAGUCGAUGGCAUUGCGCAAAUGAAUAUCAAUGGAGGACGUAAUUCAUCCUCGAACCGGACGACACACCCUACUUUGCCUCGCGGAAGCCCACACGGGGACGAUUUUCACCGGCCACAAACCGACUAUCGAUACCCUAUCGAACAGGAGACUCUUCAAGAGAAUCAGUCGUACUUCAACGCGGAAUUUCAAACCAAGUUGAGAAAUGGAACUGAUGUUGCUCAAACUAUUGCAGAGCUUCUUCGCGAGUCAGGCAUUGUGAAUGAAGGUCUUAAUAAUGUUCUUCGAACGGCAGAAGAGCUAUCGGUCUAUAAUCCUCCUAUAACACGAACCGUAGCUGUGGUAGGAGACCCUGGUGAAGACCGGGAAAUUGUCCAACUUCUCGAUGACUACCGAUUUGCCCACGCCCCUGAUUUCAGGAGUCGUACAGAUCUCUCCGCCGAUGACGUUGCAGAGUCAAUACGGAAAUCUGAAGCUGCUGAAGACAGGUUCUCUGCGGCUUUUUCUGAUCGGCCAAACUGGGACCUAGCUCGGUUACGUGAUUUCAGCUCGGGUAGUUACGAGCGAGCCUUGGAGAUAGUCCGCGACUGGGCUCGGUCCAUCGUUUGGCCUGGUAAUGGAGAGGGUGGUCUCCUAACGCAAACGGCAGCCACUUCUCAAGCGUGCUCCAGGCAGUUGGAGCAGUUUAUGGAAUCCUCUCUCUGGCCAUUCGUGAAAAUUGUUCGAGUAUAUCUCGAGGCCGCCGUGCUUCGACUUGGCCUUGUUCUAACAGAUUUGCCGGGCUUUCGUGACGCUAAUGCCGCCCGAGUCUUAACGACGAGACAAUAUCUUUCAAACUGUGAUCAUAUUUUCGUUGUAUCUGGAAUUAGCCGCGCCAUAGAUGAUGCGACAAUUUCGAAUGUUAUCGAGAAGCACGUCAAAACGCCGCCUAGUGUCGGCCGCACUAGGACACCCGGACUUACUGUUGUCUGCUCGCGCGCUGCCGAAUUAAAUUCGCGAAUUAUGGGUAGAUAUGAAAACGAAAUUGACACAACUGAACGUCGGAGACUAGAAAAUGAGUUGAGGCUCGCAUAUGCAGGCAACGUGCUGGAUUGGAGAAGGCACAGGGAAGCCGAAAUUGCUCACUUAGCACUGUUUGUUAAUGCGAGAAAUUCUUCGGUUGCAGUUAGACUCAGGGAGCGGUUCCCUGACGUGGAGUUUGAGGUCUUUUGCGUUGACAUGGGUCAUUAUCAAAGGCCUUUCAAUGAAAAGCAAGUUAAACUGAGCGGUAUACCGACAUUGAGACGAUUCUGCCAUUCUAUUCCGGCAGCAUCGUUAUAUGCGACCGGUCGCAAUUUUCUGAACAUUUCACUGCCAUCUCUUGUUAACUCUCUAGAAGUGUGGUAUGAUUCUGGUACCCAUGCGAGAAGCCAACCUUUGUUGAAUCAAGUUUCAAUAAGGGAUUUAUUUGGGAAACUCGACUCACUAAAGCAGAACUGGACGGAUGAGCAGCAUCAUUUGGGUCAAGCCUCCCUAAGGACCUCUUACAGACGCAAUAGAGAAGCAAUACAGGCUGCAGCCAACGCUGCUUGCGAGGAAUGGGACAGUUGGCAUCACGAUAAUAGUUUUGACAAGUGGUUCGACGUGCUAAGCUCUGCCCUUGACGGCCUUAAGGAAAAUGCUCGAGCUGCUCAGGCACCGCGGUCCCUAUUAUCCAGCUUUAUAUAUUGGAAAUAUGACAUCGAGCGGAUCAUACAAGAGGCUCAACUCGCGUAUAUGAACUCGCUAAGAUCCCUGAAACGGGAUGCUACUGGUGGCCAUGCCAUAUCGCUUAUUACUAAAAGCAUGGCUCCUGCUUACCGGAUCUGUGCGCGAGAUAGAGGAUCUGGUGUACACGUUCGCUCGCAAUGCUGUAUCCAUAAUCAGGUUAAGAAUACAGGUAUAUUCGACUCUAUCGAUCAGGAAGUUCAAAGAUCACUGGAAGCGUUUGCCCACAGGACGGCAUCAUCCUUAUAUGAACAAGUCAAGGGCGUUUUUGAAGCAAUUGAUAGUGCAAUUGCUGCUGUGGAUACGGCAGAUGAAACAUUAAUAGAGACUCAUCCUGCUUUUUUUGAAAGCAUGGGGCACGUAUUGCCUUGGGCCAAGGACUUUGUGACUCAAAGAACACAGAGAAGAAAGUGUGCUUUCCACCGACCAGGCAUAAUGUCCACAUCCAAGUAAAUUGGAAAACUGGCCAAGGGGACGAUAACACAUGUUUAGAGAAUACAAAGUUAAUCAUUUGACAGGA